AGAACAACGAGUUGUGUGACGGCACUGACGGCCGUUUAUUUAUACAUUCAUCGGCGCCUCACGCACAGAAAAGCUGCAGUCACCAACAGAGACACACCGACAACUUUGUAAACUGGUUUGAGCUAGGCUAUAUCCAGAGUUGUUGUUGAGAGGUAAUUGCACCUGCGUGUGCUGUGCAGCCUACAGUGCACUCACCGCGGCAGACUGCAAGCCACUGAUUGUGUGAGCACCAGCUGGUUGGCCCUGUUGUUGCCUUGUCUAUCUGCUCGAGUGAGUCUAUUAUAACGUAGACUGAAGUACGGUGCAAGCAGUAUCACAGCCCGCUCUCUUGGCGCUCCACAGACCCGAAAAAGGAGAAAGUGAGUGUGAGAGUUUGAGCUUCCUCUGCGGCCUCGCUCGCUGGCUCGAGCACCACAACUGUACCAACUGUGAAUCAGUCUUCGCUCCCGACGCUGACAGGAUGACGGAUAAAUUAGAAUCAGCCUCGCUGUUGAUCGGCGACAACUUCUGGCUGCGCUUCGAAAUCGAAGACAUCGAAGGGGAAUGCGUGGAAAAAGCGCGAAAAGAGCUGCGGGAAACCGAGGAAAACCGGUCGGCGGGAAUUGAAGAGUUGCGUGAACUUAUCAAAGCCGAUAAGGACUUGAAAUUUCCCAUUGAAGAUGAAGGAAGGCUUCUCAUCUUCCUUCGUCCGUGCAAAUUUUAUGCCGCGAGUGCUUACGCUCUGAUAAGGAGAUACUACCAAUUCAGACUAAAAAAUCCUAAAGUGUACCACGAGUUGAAGCCUACAAGUGAGAAAAAUUUGUUUGAGCAAGAUAUCAUCACGGUGCUUCCAAAGAGAGACGCGUGGGGUCGCAGAAUUCUGCUGAUUGAGUCUGGCGCCAAGUGGAAUACCAGUCUCUGCACGCUGGACGAGAUUUUCAGGGGAUGUGCGCUGUUUCUGGAGGCUGCAAUGGUCGAGCCAAAAACGCAGGUGUCUGGCGUAGUUGUGAUACUGGAUCAAGCUGGCUUGAGUUUGAGCCAUGUGAUGCAAUUUACGCCUGGAUUCGCACGUGCAGUCGUUCAGUGGGUUCAGGAUUGCCUGCCCGUCAGAUUGAAGGGAGUGCACAUUGUAAACCAGCCGUAUAUAUUUAAUAUGAUAUUUGCGGUCUUCAAACCGUUUAUGCAAGAGAAGCUUCGAAAAAGAAUACACUUCCAUGGCACCAACAGGCCUUCUAUCCUAAAACACAUUAACCCAGAAGCCCUUCCAGAGCGAUAUGGUGGAAAGUUGGACCUGCCGGAUGUGACUGGCGAGCAGUGGUACAGCCUCAUGGCCCCAAGGAAUAAGGAUUAUGAAUUGGUCAACACAUAUGGCUACAUCAAGGAAUAGAUGAGCAGCACUAUCUUCCCAAAUGUGAUACUGCGAGAGAACACUUUAAUUCUUUUAACAUUAUGCAAGAAGCACUAUUAAUAUUUAAGGAUAAGCCAGUAAAGCUUUAAAAUGCGGUGUUUGAACAAGAUAAACCAUGCUGCAGUGAAGAUUUUCUUACAAUAAUUUUUAUAUAUUGUGGACAAAAAAUAAACCAAACAAACGUAAAAAUCUAAAAA